AUGUCUGAGAAAGGAGGCAAAGUAACCUUCAAGAUAACCCUCGCCUCCGAUAGUAAACAACCAUUUAAAGUUCUUUCUGUUCCUGAUGCAACUCCUUUCUCCGCAGUCAUCAAGUUUGCAGCAGAAGAGGAAGCUACGCGGUACUACGAGCGGCAGCUCUACAGUUCAAAACAUGCAGUCAAGGGACAAAAAAAUACUCCCAAGGAGUUUUGGGGUUUAUUUUGUUGCAAAUUUUUGUAG